AUGUCCGCCCGUCCGUUCUUUAUCUCUUUGGCGAUCGGAGCCCUGUCUCGACACCAGAUCUUCGCAAAGAGAAGCACGCGGACCGGCAUAGGCAUCGGCGGCAGUGGUGGCUGGACGAUUAAUUGGGUGAAGGAGAUCACAAUCCCCCGCACAGGAUACCGACUUCCUUUCGAGAAUGUGUCUCGUAUAUGCGAGGAAACGGCGUAUUGGCUUGAACAAGAGGUCGCCCGAUGGUCUGAGGAUGAAGCGCGCAUUUCUCAAGACUGA